AUGCGGGGCUCCAAGUCCCAGAUUCGGUCCCGGUCCCGCUCUCAGCUGCCUGGUUCCUUGGCAAGAGGUGACCAUGACGAAGGACUUUUCAGCAGAGGGAUGGGACCCCUGCAGCGCCAGCUUAGCCAUGGAGAAUACGACUUACUCAGGCUUGCCCCCAUGUUGGAAAGCGACUUUCUGCAGGUGAGCAAGCUUGGAGAAGUGAUUGACGUCCACAACCAAGUCAAGACCAUGACCGUGGCGGUAGCCUGCACAAGACUCCAGCGCGAGACCCCGGAUGUGCUGCUCCUGGCCCGCCCCGUCGUCCCCUCUGAAGUGCACCUGCCCCCAUUUAACAAUCUGCUUUGCCAGUACCCACCGCUGAAGGCAUUUGAACUCACCAGACUCCUUCCCUUGCGUUUUGUGAAGAUUUCGGUUCACAACCAAAGGAAGCAGCAGCUGCGAUUCAAGCUGGCGAGCGGACGUGCUUUCUACCUGCAGCUCUGCCCUCAGCCCGACCAACAAGAGGACCUCUUCGAGUUGUGGGUCAAGGCGGUGAACUUGCUGAGCCCCCCGUCAGAGGAAAGACCCAAGACACAGGUCCAGACCAGAGACCCUGGAGGGCGCGGGGAGGCCCCAGCUCAGAGACCGGAGGUUUGCUCUUACUAUUUAUGA